AACGGCUCGGGAUAAAUUUUUCAUUCACAAAUAUAAAGACCCAUAUAAAGAUGUACCGGUAUUCGAUCCUCCUGAAAUAAAAAAUUAUAGCAGAGUAAAUGCAUGUAUUGUUGUACUGGUGAGGAAUCAGGAAUUACAUCAAUUAAGAUCAUCCAUGAGACAAUUUGAAGAUAGGUGGAAUAAGAAGUAUAAUUACCCUUAUGUAUUUUUAAAUGAUGUAGAAUUUUCAGAAGAAUUUAAAACGUAUACAAGUGCCAUGACACAAUCUACAACGAAAUAUGCUGUGAUACCAAAAGAGAUGUGGAGUUAUCCAAGUUGGAUAGAUCAAAACUUAGCGGCAGAAAAAAGAAAAAAAGCUGUAGAAGAUAAAAUGAUUUAUGGUGGAUCAGAAUCAUAUAGGCAUAUGUGUAGAUUUAAUUCAGGAUUUUUUUUCAGACAUCCGGCGUUACUUGAAUAUGAUUAUUAUUGGAGAUUAGAACCUUCCGUAGAAUAUAUGUGUGAUAUCGAUUAUGAUCCUUUUUUAUUUAUGAAAAGAAAUGAUUUAUAUUAUGGGUUCACAAUAUCUUUGUAUGAAUUUGAAAAUACAAUACCAACACUUUGGAAUACCACCAAAAAUUUCAUAAAAGAAAAUCCUAAUUAUGUAAAUGAAAAGAAUGCAUCGGAAUGGAUAUUAAAAGAUGAUGGAGAAAAUUAUAAUUUAUGUCAUUUCUGGAGUAAUUUUGAAAUUGGAAAUUUAAAUUUUUGGAGAAGUGAAGCAUAUGUUAAAUACUUUGAAUAUUUAGAUAAGGAAGGAGGAUUUUUUUACGAAAGAUGGGGAGAUGCGCCAGUCCAUUCAUUAGGAUUAGCAUUAUUCACGGAUAAAUCAAAAAUACAUUUUUUUAAUGAUAUAGCAUAUUUACAUCCACCUUAUCAACAUUGUCCAAUUAACAAAGAAUUUCAUGAAAAUGGAAGGUGUCAUUGUAAUCCCAAUAAAAAUUUUGAUACGGAAUGGUAUUCUUGCACCGAAAAAUGGUGGACAAUUUAA